UGAAGUUAAUUCUACAGUUGCAUUGUGGAUUCUACUGGUUCGAUUAUGUCAGUUGUAAGAGGAAAGAUCCACUGGGGGCGCAUUGCAUUCUAGCCCAGAAGUUGAAGGCUCAGUUUGUAUCCGUAUGACUACGUGUUAGGGUCAUAGCUGGAGCUAUGUUGGCAAAUGAAUUGGCAUGUGUAUGACACCGGAUUUUAAUUUAAAGAGAAAACGAGAAACGACGAAGGAAAUAGCCGAUUUACUGGGAACUACGUUAAACGUUGUCGUAGUGGAGUUGUCCACUGGAAACUGAAAUUAGAUUUGCCUGGAGAACUUCGAGGAAAGUAUAAGUUACCGUUGACAGAAGAGAAGACUGUCGUUUUUUCUCAAUAAUAAUAGAAUGAAAAAAGAACAGAUUGAGACAUUGGGCUUUAUUCCUCAAAAGGAUAUUGUCUACAAUAAACUGCUGCCUUAUGCUGACAAAUUGGAUAAUGAAUCCAAAGAAAUCUUGGCGAAAAUUAAAGCUAACUUGGGGCGAGCGGUCCAGCUCAGGGAGUUAUGGCCUGGAGCACUGUUUUGGACGAGAAAACUCGCAAAUUACUUGCGGCUUUAUGGCCGGAGGUUCAGCAAGGAGGACCAUGUGCUGUUCAUCCAGCUACUUUACGAGCUGGUCAACCUGCCACACCUGGAGGUUAGCAUGAUGCUGAGCUUCGCCAGGCCUCUCAUCAGCCUCCUGAAGAAGAAAGAGCUGCUGUCUAGGGAAGACCUGGAGUUGCCCUGGCGACCCCUCUAUGACCUUUACGAGAAGAUUCUUUACUCCAAAACUGAGCACCUGGGUCUCAACUGGUUUCCCAAUUCUCGCAGUGGGGGAGCCGGUAAACAAAAAGUGCUAAAUUUUAUUCGCAAGCGCUCGGUAGAGAAUGUUUUGAAGACCCUGGUGAAGAGCUGUCGGCUGUAUUUCCCCGUGUCUGCCACCCAGGAGAUGCUGGAUGAGUGGCGCCCGCUGAUGUGCCCGCUGGACGUGUCCAUGCAGAAGGCCAUCAGCUACUUUGAGCUCUUCCUGCCCACCAUCAUGGCCCCCGAGGAGCAGGACCAGGGCUUCAGGUUGUGGUUUGAUGAGAUGAUGAGUCUGUGGGUGGCGGUGCAGAACCUGCCCUGCUGGGAGGGGAGCCUGAUCAAUCUGUUCGCCCGUCUGGGGAAUGACAACAUAGGCUAUGUCAACUGGGAUCCAUAUAUUCCUAAGAUCUUCACACGGAUCCUGCGAAGCUUCAAUCUGCCGGUGGGAACCAGUCAGAUGGUGGUGCCGCGGUACCUGUCCAACUCUUAUGACGUUGGACACGUGGUGCUCUGGAUCUCCUCCCUGCUGGGUGGACCCGGCAACCCGGCUCAGAAGCAGUUGAACGGACUGUUCAACAGCAUUGCCUCCUUCUACCACCCCUCCAACAAUGGCCGCUGGCUGAUGAAGCUCAUGAAGCUGCUCCAGCGUCUGCCGGCCAGCGUGGUGCGGCGGCUCCACCGCGAGCGCUACAAGAAGCCCUGCUGGAUCGCCGACGUGCCGCCCACGCACCGGCUCACCGAGGAGGACAUCGGCGCCUUCGUGGAGAGCAUGAAGCAGCCGGUGCUGCUGGCCAUGUUCAGCAAGACGGGCAGCAUGGACGCCGCGCAGGCCCUGCAGAACCUCGCCCUCAUGAGGCCCGAGCUGGUCAUCCCGCCGGUGCUGGAGAAGACGUACCCAGCCAUGGAGACGCUGACGGAACCUCACCAGCUGACCGCCACUCUCAGCUGCAUGAUCGGCAUGGCGCGCAGCCUGCUCUGUGCCGGACGCCAUUACCCAGAGGGCCCGGCACACGUGCUGCCCCUGCUCAUGCGCGCACUGCCCGGGGUCGACCCCAAUGACUUCAGCAAGUGCAUGAUCACUUUUCAGUUCAUCGCUACCUUCACCACCCUGGUGCCUUUGGUGGACUGCUCGUCUGCUCUGCAUGAGAAAAAUGACCUAACAGAGAGGGAGAGAGAGUUGUGUUCUGCCUCUGCUGAGUUUGAAGACUUCGUGCUGCAGUUCAUGGACCGGUGCUUUGCUCUGAUUGAGAGCAGCACACUAGAGCAGACGAGAGAGGAGACGGAGACGGAGAAGAUGACCCACCUGGAGAGUCUGGUGGAGCUGGGCCUCUCCUCCACCUUCAGCACCAUCCUCACACAGUGCUCCAUGGACAUCUUCAAGGUGGCUCUACAGAAGGUGUUCAACUUUGCCAUCUCUAACAUCUUUGAGACGCGAGUGUCUGGCAGGAUGGUGGCAGACAUGUGCAGAGCCGCUUCCAAGUGUCACCCUGCUGAGUCUCUCAAGCUCUUCGUGCCACACUGCUGCAACACCAUCACCCACCUCACUGCCAAUGAGGAUGUUCUGAAGGACGAGGAGCUGGACAAAGAGCUGCUGUGGAACCUGCAGAUGUUGUCUGAGGUGACGCGUGUGGACGGUGAGAAGCUGCUGGGCUACGGGCCGCAGCUGGUGCAGAUCCUGCAGGUGACGCUGCGCCUGCGCAGUAAGCAGGGCUACAGCCUGGCCUGCAACCUGCUGCACCACCUGCUGCGCUCCACCGCCCUCAUCUACCCCACGGACUACUGCAGCGUGCCGGGGGGGUUCUGCCGCCCGCUCGGCGAACACCUGCCCAUCAAGGACUGGGGUCGGGCCGGUGACCUGCGCGACCUGCAGAUCGAGUGGCACGUGCCCAGCGCUGAGGAGACGGCCUUCGUCUUCUACGUGCUCGACCUCUUCCUCCAGCCGGAGCUGCAGCGCCUGCAGAAAUGUGCACAGGGGGAGCUGGACAUGAGCCGAGAUGAAGUCCUGCAAAGCCUCUCCAUCGUUCAGAACUGUCUGCUGGGCGCAGGGAGCAUGCUGCCCCCGCUGGACGGACCCCCUAUUCCUCACAUGGUGCCCAGUCUGGUGAGUCUGGAGGAGUCGCAACUUCACAUCGGGGUGGAUUAUGACCGGUCCAGGGAGAACUACAGAGAGGCCAUUUGUAAAGUCAUGAGACUCUUGUUACGUCACAUUCUGGAGCAAUCUGAGGAUGACACCAAGUCUCUGUUUGCAAUCAUCAAGAUCAUCAGUGACUUGAUGCACUUCAGAGGCUCCCAGAAGCACGAGUUUGACUCCCGGUGGAAGAGCUUCACUCUGGUGAAGAAGUCCAUGGAGAACAGACUCCAUGGGAGGAAGCAGCAUAUCAGAGCCCUCCUCAUCGACAGGGUUCUCCUCCAGCAUGAGAUGCGUAAACUGCUUGUUGAGGGAAGUGAAUACAAGACCAUCCACAAGGACCUGUUAAUGGACCUGCUGUGCCUGUCCACAAGCGCGUACAGCCAGGUGCGGACUAAGGCCCAGAGUGUGUUCUUCGCGUCGCUGGGCACGUAUAACUUCUGCUGCAGAGACAUCACCCCCCGUGUGCUGGAGCUUCUGGAGCCCAACCGCAGUGACAUCACCCAGCAACAGUUCAAGGGGGCACUGUACUGCCUGCUUGGGAACCACACCGGUGUGUGUCUGGCCAACCUGCAUGACUGGGACUGUGUGGUGAUGUCCUGGCCUGCGAUGGUGCGCACGGGGCUCAGCCAGGCCAUGUCCCUGGAGAAGCCCUCCAUCGUGCGCCUCUUUGAUGACCUCGCAGACAAGGUGCAGCGGCAGUACGAGACCAUCGGCAUCGACUUCACUGUGCCCGACAGCUUGGUGCUGAUUGGUCGAAAACUGACAACCUCCCAGGGCCCCACCCCCAGUCUGCCCACGCCCACUGACACAGAGGUAGAACAGGGGCUGCUCAUGCAGAAGAACAGGAACGCUGAUGCUGUGGAGAAGUAUGAAACCCUCGUGAACCACCUCCUGGAGUGUCUUGAAGAGCGGGACCUGCCUUGGAAGUUUGAGCACAUGGCCAUCGGCUUCCUGUCACUGCUGCUGAGAGACGACUACCCCCUCCCCCCCCGCGCUGUCCUCUUCUUCACCCAGUGCCUCAACCACGAUGCCCUCAUAGUGCGCAAGGUGGCAAUAUCUGCGGUCGGUGGCAUACUGAAGCAGCUCAAGAGACCACGCGUGAAAAAGGACAUCAUUCCAAGUGAAAUCAGUGGUGUGGAGGACCCAGAGGGCCUGGUGGCUGGAGACAGGUCAGGGAACAGCUGGGUGCAGUACCAGUGCGACCAUCUGCCGCGCUCAGAGGACCAGUGGAACCGCACGACCUUCGUGGAGAAGACCCACUGGGGCUACUACAGCUGGCCUAAGAAGCUGGUGGUCUACGCCCCUGCGACGGAACAACCAGAGGACCUAACUCCAGAUGACAUGAAUGAGAGAGAACGCAUCAUCUAUGAUCACUUCUCCAACACGGAGUUUGUGGACCAGCUCGUCAAAUUCCUGUCCUUGGAGGAUCGCAAAGGCAAAGACAAGUUCAACCCCCGGCGCUUCUGCCUCUUCAAGGGUCUGUUCCGUAACUUCAGUGAUGCCUUUCUGCCGGUGCUGCAGCCACACAUGGAGCGCCUGGCGGGCGACUCUCAUGAGAGCACACAGCGCUGUGUGGCUGAGAUCAUCGCUGGCCUGGCGCGAGGCAGCAAGCACUGGAAAUUCCAGAAGGUGGAGGCCCUCUGGCAGUUCCUGAUGCCUCUCAUGCGCACAGCUCUGUCCCGCAUCACAGUGGAAACCUAUACGGACUGGGGCACCUGUGUGGCCACUGCUUGCGAGAGCAGAGACCCCCGUAAGCUCCACUGGCUCCUUGAGAUGCUGAUGGAAUCCCCCCUCAGUGGAGAAGGAGGCUCUUUCGUAGAUGCCUGUCAUCUGUACGUGCUGCAGGGAGGUCUUGCCCAGCAGGAGUGGAGGGUCCCUGAGCUGCUGCACCGGCUGCUGGAGUAUCUGGAGCCCAAGCUCACGCAUGUGUACAAGAACGUGCGGGAACGCAUCGGCAGUGUGCUGACGUACAUCUUCAUGAUCGACGUGAAGCUGCCGUACACGCAGCCCACCAAGUCCCCACACAUCAACGACUUCACCGAGCGCGUGCUGCUGCGGCUCAAGCCCCUGCUGGAGGGCGACGAGGAGAUCCAGAACCACGUGAUGGAGGAGAACGGCGUGGGCGAGCAGGACGAGAGGACCCAGGCCAUCAAGCUGCUGAAGACGGUGUUGAAGUGGCAGAUGGCCAGUGCUGGACGCACCUUCUCCACACCAGUGCCUCAGCAGCUGCAGCUUCUACCUCUGCUCUUCAAGAUCGCCCCUGUGGAAAAUGACGAGAGCUAUGACGAGCUGAAGAGGGACGCUAAGACCUGCCUGUCCCUGAUGUCUCAAGGCCUGCUCUACCCUGAGCAGAUCCCUCUGGUGUUGGCAGUGCUGAAAGAGAUUGCAGGCAUCAGCUCGUGGCAUGCACGCUUCUCAGUGCUGACCUAUCUGCAGAUCAUGGUCUUCUACAACCUCUUCACCCUACUGGAUAGCCCCGAGUCCAUCAGGGAUGUCAGAAGUCUGGUGGUUAGACUGCUGGAGGACGAGCAGCUCGAGGUGAGGGAGAUGGCCGCCACCACCCUGAGCGGGUUCCUGCAGUGUGGCUUCUUCUGUAUGGAUGGCAACAUGCAGAGCCACUUUGAGGCCCUGUGUAAGACCCGCCUGCCCAAGAAGAGGAAGCGGGAGCGGGGCUCUGUGGUCGACACCAUCCCCUCAGUCGACCUGGUGCGGCGCCAUGCAGGGGUGUUGGGGCUCAGCGCCUGCAUCCUCUCCAGCCCCUACGACGUGCCCACCUGGAUGCCACAGCUCCUCAUGGAUCUGAGUGCCCAUCUCAAUGACACACAGCCUAUUGAGAUGACCGUAAAGAAGACACUGUCCAACUUUCGCCGCACUCACCAUGACAACUGGCUGGAGCAUAAACAACAGUUCACCGAUGACCAGUUGGUGGUGCUCACCGACCUGUUGGUCUCACCUUGUUACUACGCCUAGACAGGUGAAGACCCCUGCUAGCACCCUAGCACACCUGAUGCUGCUGCCGCCAGUCCAACAUGGUCACUCAUACAGCUUCUCAUGUCUCUUCUCUCCUCUAGGGGGCGCAACAGGCUCUGUAAUGCUGCAAGUUGUAGUGUUCUAUUUUUAUUUAAAAUCAAUUUUUUUAUUUUCUAUAUGAAAUGGUAAUUAAAGCUAUUAUGCAGAAAAGUUAGAGGGAGUAAGAGGAGACCGUAGUUCUCCUGUGGUGACGCUCAUCGCGCAGGGGUGGGGUCAGUCCCCAGCUCUGCACACACUACAGAAGCCACUCAGACCCUCUGAAACCAGCUAGAUCCAGCGGGCACAAGCAGAGACGGGGCAGUGGAGAGGAGGAAGGGAGGAAGGGGGAAGAGGGAAGACUCACACCCUGUACGUACUGUGAUGUAUGUAUAUUUAAAGGUUUUUUUUUUGCCAUUUUUACUAUACUUAAUAUUUAAGGUUAACCAGCGCAGGCAAUGAACAGCCUGCAGUCUGUAAUAUUACUGUACAGUUAGGUUUUUUUGAUUUUAAGUUACUGUGUGUGAGUGACAGAGGAAAGAGGGAAAAAAAGCGUUUUGUGGAUUUGAUCUCCCUCCCUCCCUCGGCUGUCUCUGCCUCUCUUUCGCCCCGAUCCGUCACUCAGGCAGAGAAGCGGUCCCGGUCCCUAGCGUGCUGCUCAGUCGUGUCUGUUGGAAUGAUGCACUCGUGGGCUCUCUGAUUGGCUGGCUACGGGUGGGCGUUCACCCAGUCAGUGGUGGAGAAUUGGAGCUCAGGUUCCCUCAUACACAGGGACAAAUGCUGGGCCUGCGCCUGCGUCUGCGUCUGCGUCUGUCAGCGUGUGUUUGUAUGCGUAUACGUGUGGAUGUGUGAACAUGUGUGGCUGGUUGGAGAUGGAAGAAGGACGUCACCAGUUGUGUGGUAUUAAAGUUGUUGAACCUCUCAUGGUUCUCAUGUCUUA